UUAUGUCCUGCAUCUCACGGCCAUGGCUGCUUGCUCAAAACGGAAUAUUUAUUAGGCUGCAGCAUGUGUCUGGGCAGACUGGGGUAGCCCUGCACUCUCCGCCGCUGUGCAGAGAUAAGGGGGGGUGUGGAUUGCAUUUGCUUAUCGCUCGCUCUCCUCCUCCUCGAGGGGUGAAGGCCACCAUGUGCGAGUGAGGAGAGCCAGGGCCUCGCCGGCUGCCCCCCCGUCCCCCCGCCAGCCAUCACCUGUCCCAGCCUGUCCUCCUCUCACACGCUUAUAUGGGCACGGCAGGAUGGCAUCUUGUGACGCCACGCUGCUAAAAACAGCCCCGGCUCCCUUCGGCCCCUCGUUUAAACAAUGUCCUCCGGCCAGAGCAACCCAGAGAGCCUCUGAUCGCAGCACAGCCUUGGACUUAUUUCAAGGGAAAUUAAGCCGGAAACCCCUCCGCGAGGCCGUGAUCCUGAGCGUAUGCCUCUGGAAAAGCUAGGGAUGAGCACCUCCCUGAACUACAAGUCCUUCUCCAAAGAGCAGCAAACCAUGGAUAACCUGGAGAAACAGCUGAUUUGUCCCAUCUGCCUGGAGAUGUUCACCAAGCCUGUGGUCAUCCUGCCCUGUCAGCACAACCUCUGUCGGAAAUGCGCCAGUGAUAUUUUCCAGGCCUCCAACCCCUACCUGCCGACCAGGGGAGGCACAACCAUGGCGUCGGGAGGCCGCUUUCGCUGUCCCUCCUGUAGGCAUGAAGUGGUCCUCGACCGGCACGGCGUCUAUGGGCUGCAGAGGAACCUGCUGGUGGAGAACAUCAUCGACAUCUACAAGCAGGAGUCCACAAGACCCGAAAAGAAGUGUGACCAGCCAAUGUGCGAAGAGCAUGAAGACGAGAGAAUUAAUAUCUAUUGUUUGAACUGUGAAAUGCCCACCUGCUCCUUGUGCAAAGUCUUUGGUGCCCACAAAGACUGUCAAGUUGCUCCUCUCACAAACGUUUACCAGCAACAGAAGUCCGAGCUAAGUGACGGCAUUGCAGUCCUGGUGGGGAGCAACGACAGAGUGCAAGGGAUAGUCACACAGCUGGAGGAGACCUGCAAGACAGUUGAGGAAUCUUGCAGACGACAGAAAGAGCAACUGUGUGAAAAAUUUGAUUAUCUCUAUUCUGUACUGGAAGAAAGAAAAAAUGAGAUGACACAAAUAAUCACUAGAACCCAAGAGGAAAAACUGGAACAUGUCCGCUCCCUGAUGAAGAAGUAUGCGGAUCAUUUGGAAGCUGUGUCAAAGCUGGUUGAAUCAGGAAUCCAGUUCAUGGAAGAACCAGAAAUGGCCGUGUUUUUGCAGAAUGCCAAAACAUUGCUACAAAAAAUUACUGAAGCAUCUAAAGGAUUUCAAAUGGAAAAAAUAGAGGAUGGGUAUGAAAAUAUGAACCAAUUCACAGUGAACCUCAGUAGAGAAGAAAAAAUAAUACGAGAAAUUGAUUUUGACAGAGAGGAGGAGGGGGAAGAAGAAGAGGAGGAGAUGGUGGAUGGUGAAGAUCUGGAUGAAGUCCACACAGAGUCAUCAGGAGAGGAGGAGGAGGAACAUGUGGAGGAGGAAGGGGCUGAGAGAGCAUCACAACCACCUCAGCAGGACCCUGAACCACAGAGCACAGCAGGAGAGCCCCCGGCUGAACCCCCCGCGGCGCCACUGCCCGCCGCCCCAGCUGGUCAGGAUGAGGUUGUGACACCAAGUGGUUCUCAACAGACCCCAGAGUCUGACACUCAAGUGCCGACCACAGCAGAAACCAUCGAUCCCUUGUUUUACCCUAGCUGGUAUAAGGCUCAGUCGCGGCAAUCAAGCAGUCCGAGCUCAACCCCAGUGAGUGGGUUGGGGAAAGUAGGGCCUCCUGUUUCUCUGGAAACAAGUGCAAAGAAGGCAGAAGCUCCAGCAGCGGCAGCGAUUGAGGAGAGUGCACCAGGGAGUGGUAAGGAAAGUAAUGCCACUGCAGCGACAUCCAAGGAGUUAGCAUUCUGCAUAUCACUUUUGGCAUUUCUUAUCAUACUACACCAUCUUUGGAAUCUGAUUCAAUACAUGAUUUGUACUUUCAUGGACUGGUUCUGAACCAUCCCCUAAAGGACGAGUGGAGGAAACUCCUGUGAGCAAUGAGAGAGGUGACGAGCCGGCUCGUCAUGUCUUCUCCUUCUCCUGGUUGAACUCACUGAAUGAAUGAUGACUCACUCCGGCUGGCUUCUGGUGUGCUUCUCCUCUGAGGGACCGUGAGGGCAGGCAGCCUGGCUGCAGUCAACAAAGAAACUGGCCUGGAAAGGGUCAUCCGAGCAGGUUUCGUUCCCAGAAACUCAGUUGACCUCCACAUCGGACCCGGCCUUUGACAUGACAGAGUCCUAAGAGGGAUGGGACAUGGGGAAAAAUUGCUAUACUGUAUUGUAGUUAGAGUGUUUUCCAACAAUUUCUUGUUUUGAAGGGGAAAAUAGCAUCACUACAGCUGUAGGCUGAGCACCGCUAAUGUUUUGUUAUUCACUUUUUGGCAUGUCCCCGUGUAGGUGUAAAUGCUUCACCAAUGUUGUUAGCUAAAAUGCUGGUAAGAUAUUCACUAGUAGCAUCCUUUGCCAACACAGUGUUUCUCCUCAGUACCCUCCUGCAUCCCUGCUCAUUGGUGCUGGUGACUUCAGUAACACUAUUGUGCCCUCGGCACCCCCAAGUCAGGGCUGUAUCUAAGCACCUCCCUGCAGUCACUCAUGGUCCCCAGGGUACCAGUGCCUCCCCAGCUGCAGAGGCUGAACACAGGAGGGGAGAGGGAAGCUACCAUUUCUUGUUUUGUACUUGCUUUUCCUGCUAAGCCACAACAGAAGAUGCUCACAUAAACAGGUUAUUUGUAGGGAAGGUGCCCGGGAAGAUGCACACGCCAAAAGCACUGUCCGAGCCCCCAUGAAUGGAUGCGGAACACAGCUCUGACCAUGUGGGGCAGACGCUAGAGUGCUGCCCAUGUUGUUGUGGUUUUACCCCAGCCAGCAGCUGAGGACCACGCAGCCGCUCGCUCAAUCCCCCCCAUCGGGAUGGGGGAGAGAAUUGGAAAAGUUAAAGUGAGAAAACUCGUGGGUUGAGAUACAGACAGUUUAAUAGGUAAAGCAAAAGCCACGCACACAAGCAAAGCAAAACAAGGAAUUCAUUCACCACUUCCCAUGGGCAGGCAGGAGUUCAGCCAUCUCCAGGAAAGCAGGGCUCCAUCACACGUAACGGUUACUUGGGAAGACAAACGCCAUCACUCUGAAUGUCGCUGCCCCCCCCCCCCCUUCCCCCAAGCUCCUUAUAAACUGAGCAUGACAUCAUAUGGUAUGGAAUAUCCCUUUGGUCAGUUUGGGUCACCUGUCCUGUCUGUGUCUCCUCCCAACUUCUUGUGUACCCCCAGCCAUCCCGCUGGCAGGGCAGUGCAAGAAGCAGAAAAGGCCUUGGCUCUGUGUAAGCACUGCUCAACAACAGGUCCAUAGAACAAAAACAUCUCUAUAUUAUCAAUGCUGUCUCCAGCACAAAUCCAAAACAUAUUCCCACACUAGCUACUAUGAAGAAAAUCAACCCUCUCAGCUGAAACCAGGACAGAUGUCUGUCCAGCCGUAAUCUGUGUCUAUGUCUUCUCGGUCAUCUGUGUGUGCAGGAAAAGGGGCAUGUUCUUGCAUGAAACCAGAACGGGGUGAGGUGGUCACAGGUAUUCGUUGAAAGGUUUAAUUUGGAGGCCCCAAGGUGCACUGUAGAAAAGGCAAAUGUCGAAUGUCGUGUUCCAUGUGCAUGGAAGAUGUUGAGCCAUCUAAUGAAACCAAAUUUGUGUCUUAAAAGAAGCUCUACAAGUUGUACUGAAGGUGACACUCUGCAAGUUUUGUCACUGGGGACAGGGUGUCAGCACUCAGUAGUGUUUAAGAGAGGCUAUCAGGUUGCAGGGAGUGCUUGGUGCCUAAGGGACCAGGUGUCAUGCUCUGUGCUAGGCUUAAGUGUGGAUCUCUCCAGAGCCCAGAGGCAGGCCCUCAACACACCGUUUUGGCAGGGGACAGUGUCGGGCCGUAGGGCUGCACUGCACCCCAGCAGGACUGGUGAGCUGGCAGCGCCGGAAGGCAGCGCCUGGUUAGCAGGCUGUGAGGGGUCAACCCCAGUCCCGGCAAUCCCAUGCUCCAGGGCUGAGUCACAUUAAUCCUCAUUUGUGUCUGUUUCCCCUGGAAAAUGCUACUGUGAGAGAAGUUUUGGAGGGCUGCAUAGGCGAGCUCCGUGCCAAGCUUUGAGGUGCGCACAGCCCAGAGUGACCACCGCUCCGCACCACCACCGCCACCGCAUUGCUCUGCAGCUGCUGGAGCAGGUUUUCCCUGGGAUGUGGUUCGGGGUGAGGGAUUUCCUAUUUUCUCCCCGUUGUCCUAGAGGAUUUCCUCCAGUUCCUCCCAGGAAGUUUCUCCACAUGCACCGCCACCUCCCCAGCGCCCCUGGAAGGGACUCGGCUUGGGCACCAUCACCGGGACAGAGGGAGCCGAAGCAGGGAGGAACUUGCCCUUUUGGGGUGCGGGGAGGAUAAGCAGAGCUAGAAAGAAAACACAAAAGAGAUGCGGGAGUGCCUCACCCGUUUCCCAUCGCUGCGCUCUGGCAGGAGGAGGCUGCCCGGCCCCGGCCGCAGCGGCAGGAGCCGAGGAGCCCCCUCGGGGUGCUGCUGAGGUGGGAGUCAGCAGGGCUGGGGGCGACCGACCGGCCCCCGACACCCCCCCACCGUCCCCGGGAGCAGCCUGUGCCGAGGGCAGCGGCGUGGGGCAGCUCCUGCGGAGCGCCCGGGGCCGGCGGCACGUCGGGGCGAGCCUCUGGGAGAGCCCGCAGGGACGGGGAGGCGAAAAACAUCCCCGGGGGUUAUUUAGGGCUCCCUGAGGCUCUGGGUAUCCGCGGCCGUAGGUGCCCCCACACACACACACCCCCGCCCCGGUAAGCGCUGAGGGAGGCGGAGCAGCCCUCAGGCGUCCAGGCAAGAAAGUCUAUCAAGCCAUCUUUACUUUGCAGCUUUUAUUAAAAAUAUAAAUAUUAAACAUUCUCUUACACAACAAAA